GUGGUAUACGUACAUAGAGCGCGAAUGUCACCACUGUACGUGUACCAGGUUCACCUCUCACCCACACCCCACACCCAUUCUGUAACAAUAUGACCAUAGUCUCCAAUGAUCCCACUUGGUGGCCGACCAUCGAUGUAUAUCGUUUUGCCAGUUAUUUUGGAAUUGCCGCCUUUGUUGCAAUAACAUAUGAUUGGGCACUAACAUUUGGACAAGAGGUCGAAUUGGUCUGGAAACAACGGUGGUCGCUCAUGACAGUGAUGUAUCUCAGUGUGCGCUACCUUGGAAUGCCAGUUGCUGCUCUGUACAUGAUUGGCGGUGUUCUGACCAUCUCGCUGACAGAUACAGUGAGCUGGAUGAUGUACACUUUAUGGGUUUGGACGGGUGUUGUGGUAUUUGCCAUGCUGUGGGUCAUCAUCAUCACUCGGUUGCAUGCCAUGUAUCAACGAUCCAGAAAGAUCCUGAUAUUGCUCAUUAUCACCUUCCUGGCAAUCAACAUUUUUGAUGGGGUGACAGUCUUAAUGUCAACGAUGCAUACUUCAGGAGAGGAAUUCAUUCUCUUCGGCACCCACCAGUGCACGAUUGGCUAUUCAGGAGAUACUCUAGUUCUGGAUUCUGUUACUUGGAUACUCUGUAUUGUGUGGGAGGUCCUCGCACUAUGUCUCGCAGUCUGGAUCGCAGUAAAACACUUCCGUGAACUGCGAUUACAUUCGGCAGGAGGGAUUAUCAGGGACUGUUUUAUGGUGUUGAUCAAAACUCACGUGGUUUACUUUGCAAGCUUUGUCGCUGUUUCAUGUUUCUCCCUCAUCUUUGAUUUCUCUCCGACAUUAUUAACGAGCCAAAGUCCCCUAGAAGAUCAGACUUUGUUGGGCGUGUUGCAGAUUUUGGAGGUCGUGCAGAUGUUCGUGCUAGGACCACGGCUGAUCCUUGACGUCCGGGAAUAUAAUGCCAAACUCGUGGAUGACUCCGAUGCAGCAACCAGCAUGACCUCAAUCGCUUUCCAAGAGCGCGUGCAUAUAUCGACUAGCAGUAGUGUGUAAUGCUCGGUGAAGUUGAUGCGAACCGUUGUCUAGUGCUCGCAGGGAGCACGGGAAAUUUGUUUUUUGUCUCUAUUCCAAGCCUCGU